GACUUCUGACACAAUUGUUUGUUACUUUGGGUAGUAAGGUUAGUGCAGAAUGUCGCAAAAGAUAAAAACCAGAUCUCAAAAGAAUGGAGCCGAGGAUGUGCUCCUGGCAGACACUGCGUUGCCUAGUCAGCUUGUUCAGCUGGAAGAAGGCGCUGCUGCUCUGUCGUUUAUACCUCAGCCUUCUGUAGAUGAAAAGGAGUUCGUGUCUAAGCAAACUGAGGAUAGCGAAGAUGAGGAGGAAUCAGAUUUGGAUGAGGAAGAGCUGCCUAGGAGUAUGCAGCGCUACCUGGCUAAGCAAAUGAAGCUGUUGUCCCUGCAGUUCAAGGCUAUGGAGGAAGAUCGCCGGAGUAGGGAAAGCUUUGCUCGUGAGAUGCAACAACCGCGAGGAGGAAGACCAGACCUCCAUAAAAAAUCCUUUCCGACUUUUCGUGAGACAGAUGACAUUUUUACCUUCUUCCAAGUUUUUGCUCACUCUUGUAGGGAUCAAGGUGUGCCUAAAAAGUACUGGAUGAGUGCUUUACGCAUUAAUGCUGAAGGCGAGUUGAGAGAACUGUUGAACUCCUUGCCACUGGAGUAUGCCGAUGAUUUUGACUACUUUUAUGCUGUAGCCAAGUCUCACUUUGCGCUAACUUCAGAGGAUUGUUUUCGGCAUUUAGAAACAGACCAGAAGAAGUCUCGGGAAAGCUUCUCAGCCUUUGCUGCACGGAUGGGCAGAAAUGUGGAACGUUGGGCUGACACAGCCGAGGCUGUAACCCGAGAGGAGGUUUUAGAUCUGUUUGCAAAAGAACUGUUUUACAGACGCCUCCCUCGAGAUUUGAUGGCUCUGGUCAGAGACCAGCAGCCCCGUUCUCUGACUGAAGCAGGCAUGCUAGCCGAUCGUAUGUUUAAAAACAGAGCUGAAGAAAAGUAUACUUUGUUUCGGAGACCGGAGUACGUUCCUGUGAAACCGCUGAGGCGAGAGACCGCAGGUAUGCAGAAACCAGGGCAACCGGCGAAGGAAGAGAAAGGGGGGCCUGCUGGCUACUUCAAAGUGCCUUCCGCCCGGCCCGAGGCUGCAUUGCAAGAGAAGCCCCGUGGAGAAAUAAUCUGCUUUAAAUGUGGGCAAAUUGGUCAUAAGGCUAAUUCCUGUUCUAAAACCUUGUCUAAGCCCAAUCCUGCUGGAAGGAAGAACCCAAAGGUUGCUCCAGUUGCACGCGUGAGAGACUUAACGUCCCCUGGAGCGGAACCUCCUGAACUUUCUUCAUGGUCGUCAGCCGAGGAGAAUGAAGGAGCAGAAUCGGAUUUUGUAUUUUCUGCCCCAAAUUCACAAGACCGUCCUGAGACCCCUCGUGGACCAGUUGUUAAAGCCCUGUCGGAAGCUGAACCAGAUUUCCCAAGUGGAUCCGUAUCCUUUGCCUAGGAUGGACCAUUUAAUAGAAAGACUGGGAGCAGCAAAAUACAUCACUACACUGGAUUUAACUAAGGGAUAUUGGCAAGUGCCUCUAGAUGGGGACGCUGCUGUGAAAUCUGCUUUUGUCACGCAUAUGGGCUUGUUCCAGUUCAAGGUUCUCCCAUUCGGACUUCGAAAUGCCCCAGCCACGUUCAUGAGGCUUAUUAAUUCUGUGAUUAAUGGCCUAGGUGAAUUUUCUUGUGCGUAUCUGGACGAUCUGGCCAUCUUUAGCCCU